CAAAGCAAAACCUUUUUAAAAAAAAAUCCAUCCAAAUACAGUAAAACCGCAGAUUGCGGGUAACGCGCUUUGCAAGUGUUCCGCAAGAACAAGUAAGUCUUAGUUUAUGCAUCAUGUAGCACGCAUGCGCUUCUUGUAUUGACGCGGAGCGUCAUGUGAUCACAAAUGAUCCAAUGGUUUCUCUCUCUUGCGCUGCAGAAUUGUAGGUAAUCGUCUUCUCUGCUUGGUGUGCUUCUUUCACUCGUAUAAUCAACAUCCAUCCGUGCAUGUGUGUACUGUUUACUAUAACACUGUGACCACAUGUGUGCACGUAAAACAUAUUUUAUUUUUUGUUUGUAAGUGCGUAUUUUUUGUUUGUACAGCGCACCUGUACUGUUUCUUAUAACACACAUGUGCGCGUGUGUAGAGCAAAAGAAAGUUUCAUUAGAGAGAUUAAAGAUCCAUUUAUCCCUCAGCCUGUCAUUAUAUGUGCGCACGCAAAAUUUAAAACCUUGCCCCUUCACUCACACGCAUUUACUCUUGUGUGCGCGCAUGUGUGAAAUUCAAAUAAGAGAAGAGAAAGGUUUACUGUGUAAGAUGAGAAUGGGCAGACGAGAAGGGCUAAUUGCACCUCUCCGCUUACUUUAGAUUCACACACACAGCGCCUGCGCGCAUAAACGGAAACACUUAUCUGUCGGGAUUUCUUUUUCUUUCUUUUUUUUUUUUUAAAGGUAAAGUGCAGGUUAAUUGGUUUUAUUUGUAUUUAAUAUUUUGUAUUAAUUAUUUUUAUGUAUGUAUGUUUAUGUGAAGAUGUGGUAUACUACAAAUCAUUCUGCUAAUAAAGCAAUUUCCCUUUGGGAUUGAUAAAGUUAUUUGAAUCUUGAAGAAAUAUUAGCUUAAAUGUUGUAAAUAUCAUUAGUAUGUAAAAAUAAAUGCACAACUGAGGACAGACGUAAAAUUUUAAAAGCCCACGGCAGCUCAGAAUACUUUUUGAUCAUUGAAUCAAACAUUGCUUCACUUCAAAAGCAUAAAAGAAAUCAUUGCUGCCUGUCAAACGGCCUGCGCUCUGCAAUGCUAAAAGCAAUAUUUAAAAAAAACACAUGGCAAACUGCCAGUAUCUAAAUUACACCCAUGUCAUGCUUGCAAAACACUGCCAAAACUUCCAGUUUGCCGUUGAUGAUUAGCCAACAAACAGCAAUUGAACACUGAAACUGUAUUAGACAGGAUUAAAAUAUUUUUCGUAAUCACAAAUGAAUAUGCCAGUUUUAGUUUCAAUCAUUAUGUAAUCAUCCACAAAAAGUAAUCGGCCAAAGCACAACGGCAGGCAGCAGAAGUUAUUAUGUGUUAUUGACAAUCUGUGGAGGGGAAAAAAAAAAUCCACACAACAAUCAUAAGAAAAGUGACAAAGAAAGAGAGACAAACAAAAUAAUUGGAAAAAAGGCUUAAGCUUAGUGAAUUCUGCAGAGCAAUAAUUAAUGAUUAAGUCUUAAACCGCAUGAGUCAUACUUCUUGCCAAUUACCCUAACAACACUUGUAGGCAGAAAGGCUCAUUAACUUGCCAGUCAGUAGAUAUCGCAGUAAGAGGAUAUUAAACCUAGAGUUUCUUGUUUACAGAACAACCAAGCUCCAGUCAUUUGCACAGCCUGUGUCCACUGAAGCUGUCCGUUGUAAAUGUUGAAAACUUGUUACUGUUCAUAUGGUUUUGCCAUGUAAAGUGACUGUAUGCAAUGUUAGAGGAGAGAGGGAGAGAAAAAGCAGGCUAAGCUGAUGUUCCCCACAGAGAUUAGUGCACUGAGAACUUUAAUGACUGCAUUGGAUCAUCUAAUCAUGAGGCACAGCAUGAAGUCCACACCUGCAUAAAAGCCACCAUCACUCUCUGGAGCUCUGAGGCAGUGUUGGAUAAGUCGAUCGUAAAACAUGAUUUCUCUUGGAAAAGUCUAACGCAAUGGCUGGGAUUCGCAGUAGAGCAACUGAGCUGCAAAAGAUGCAGGAUGGCAACAGUAAAUGCUUCUCUUCAGAUGUCUAUAUGAGCGUAGCGGGAAGGAAUAAUUUUUAGUUUAGCAUGAUGGAGCGGACAGAGGUGGUAUACGCAGUUCUGAUGAUUAGUUCCAGUUUGUGCUCAGUGUGCGGGAACGCCAUACUGCUACUCUUGCUGCUAUCUGACAGGAGCCUGCAGACGGAGACAUGGACUCUGACGCUCAGUUUCAGCCUGAGUGAUCUGGCACUUGGCCUCACCACCAUCCCUUUCGGAGCUUAUAACAGCCUGUUAAGACCACAGGGGUAUGCCAGCUCGGGUGCGCUGUGCCAAGGCAGUGCCUUUCUUUUCCUGCUGCUCCAAUUGGCCUCAGUCCACUCGCUCACCUGGGCCACCAUUGACAAGUUCACUGAGAUCUGCUUCGCUCUUAAAUACGCAAGGAUCUUCAACGCGCACAGAACCAGAGUUAUCCUUACUGUCAUUUGGGUCUAUUCGCUCUUGAAUGCCUCUCUGCCUUUGCUGGGCUUUGGAAGAUAUAGUUAUAGCAGCAACCGGUUUCUCUGUGCUCCUUGUUUUGAGCCUGCCAACACUGGCUUCAAUAUGCUCUUCAUAGUAGUGGGAAUAAUCGUGCCCAUUUUGGCAAUGUGCUCCAUGUAUGGAUACAUAAUGUACAUAGCCAGAAAUCAAGUACGACGAGGGACGUUUGUUUGCAACGAACACCAUUGUUUUUAUGUGCCUGCCAAUAAUUAUUUCAAGAGCUCCAUUGUUAUGGUGACAACCACAGUGUGCCUACUUAUUUGCUGGCUGCCAUACAUCACCAUCUGCUUCUAUGAGACUCUGACGGGAAAAAAGAGCCCUCAACCUGCCUCUGCUGUAGCCACCUGGCUAGUGCUCUUCACCUCCACACUCAACCCAUGGAUCAACUCCAUGACCCAGACGAGGUACAGAGUUGCCCUGCGCAGGAGCAUAAAUAAAAUCUGGCAGCAUGCACAGAAGAACUCCUUCUCCAGAAGUACAGAAAUAUGCAGAGACAGCCACAACUGUCCUUCCUCAGAGUCCAGUGCACCUCAGGCACUACAAGCACACACUGAUCCUGUGAAUGAGUCUGAAGAGGCUUAAGCAUGCCUUUCUUAUCUCUGGCUGCUGUGUGAAUAUGAGACCAUUGCUGUGUUACAAGAACUGGUACCUUUUCAUAUGUACCACAGUAUCUAAAUGGGCUUUGAAAACAGAUUACAAGCACAAACAUGCAUAAUUAAUGACCUCGGUGGGAAAGUGAAGAGUUUAUUCUGCAAGAGUUCUUUUGAGAGAAAUAUUGAAAAUGAAAUGGGUUUCUUUAAGAAUAUUUUAUGUAAAGGAAUACCAAAUGAACUUUUAAUUUUACUAUUUUUGAAUUCAAUUCUAUUUAUAUAACAUUUUAAAGAUUUCGAAAAUAAGUUAUGGAAUGGUGAGGAAAUAUGUAUAAAUUUUAAAUGAUCAGUUUGUCUGUUAUGAGCAAGUUAGCGGCGAAGAAAAAAAAACUCCUUGCAAUGAUAAUUGGAUAAAACCUUGAAAUAUAUUUAAACAAGUAAAGUGUUUUGAAUGAGAAAUAGUUCUUUGAUGUUUUUCAGUUACAAAUGUUUUAACAGCUGAUAAAUAAGCAUGUGAAGAUUUUUUUCGAUGCAACACCAUACAGAACUACAACAUACAAAAUAUGAUUUUUAUUAGUUUUGUGGUCAGAGGUCAAGAUUUGUCUGCCUGAUACGUAAAUUAAUAAACAUACUAUGUUGUAAACCAAUAAAUAAAAAUCACUUUAAUCUAUUUCAUAGAACAGCUUGAGCAAAUAUUCUUGUUUCUUGAUUACCUAUGCCCUCUAGUGGAAGUUCUAAACAUAACAAUCUCUCAUGCAAUGUUGCAUACAAAAUAUACUCAGAGGCAUCUAACAUGUAGGUGUAGUUCUGGUUCCUGCCUGUCAUUUCUGACCAUGUUAACUUACAGAAAACAAGAAUCGACAUGCUGAUAGAAAGACACAGUCUAGUGAUACGAGUGAACA